UCAGAAUCAGGCGGAGCGACUGCUGCAACUUUAACAACAACAAAAACAGAAGUUCUCAUGAGCAGGGACAAGAAAUCUCAUUUGGAUGUGCCAGUCUUCUCGCUACUUUAAGUGACCAAAGGUGGGAUCAUGUCACAUAAGCGAAGAAUCUGCAUUCUUCUCUGCAUGACGAUUGCCGUGUACAGUAUAGUGUCCACAUAUUUGUAUUCUAGCCCUUACUCUAAACGUACAAUAAAGAAACCAACGGACAAAGUGUGUGCUGGAGUAACAGCCCGCAACGUUAUCACCGCUUUACAAGGUAACAGAGUAUUUAUUGUAUCUCCCUACCAUGACCCGCGAAAGCAAAACGUGACUCGUGUCCUCGGAAUUGUUCAUCAUGAACAAGUUAAAGAACUUUAUUGUUACUUCUGCAAUAGUACUAAGUCUGUGCACAUUGUAAAAGCUGAAAUAGAUAUACACGAGGAUAGAUUUGGUUUCCCAUAUGGUUUGGCCGACAUAAUUUGUCCAGAGCCACCAAAUUCUAACGCUAAAUACAUCUACCUUCACGGUUCUAAAGUGAACAAUCUAACUGGACUGACAAAGUUCAGGAUACAAAAUCAGGAAUUCCCUCCAUAUUCUGCAAAUUUCACAGUUUGCAUUUCUACAAUGUUUGGAAAUUAUAACAAUACCUUACAAUUCAUACAGACUAUUGAAAUGUACAAGUUACUGGGUGCCCAAAAGGUAACCCUCUAUCUAAAAAGCUGCACUCCUCAAAUACAAACUGUCUUGAACUAUUAUAUAAAAGAAGGGACACUGGAAGUGAUUCCAUGGCCAAUCGAUCAGUACCUGAAACCUUCCCCACGAUGGAAUUAUAACAAUGACAACACCGAAAUUGGUUACUAUGGGCAAAUGACCACUUUAAAUGACUGUAUUUACAGAAACAUGUACAGGAGCAAGUAUGUACUGCUCAAUGACGUGGAUGAAAUAAUUCUACCUUUCAAACACCAAAACUGGGAGAAGAUGAUGGAGAGUCUUCAAGAGCAGCACAAGGAUGUGGGGAUUUUUAGGUUUGAAAACCAUAUAUUCCCACAGACUGUAGCCACUGAGGGCAACUUUUCUGACAUUUCGUCGUGGAAGGAGGUGCCAGGGUUCAAUAUACUCCAGUACAUAUACCGGGAACCAGACCGAAAAGAUUAUUUUAAUGCUCAAAAAAUGAUUGUAGAUCCAAGGAAAGUUAUCCAAACAUCAGUGCACUCUGUUCUAAAGAGUGACGGGGUUUCUAUCGAUGUACCUCUAGAUGUUGCCCUUGUUUACCACUGCAGAACACCACUCCAGAAAAACUUACCCAAAAACUUAUUAAUUGAAGAUAAAAACAUAUGGAGGUACAGUAACUCUUUAAUAAAAAAUGUUAAUAAGGCUCUCAACAAGAUUGCCUUGAAAACAACAAAGAGGUGACCGUUGGGUUGAUUCAGCCAGAUGCUUUGACACAUUGGCUGUGAAAAUAUAAAUUUUGACUC